AUGAGCCAGCCAUGGUUAUCUUUGGCCAUGGGAUGUUUGUUUCAGCUGCUAGCUGUGGCAGAGUCCUCGCCUCUCGACCAGUUUGCCAUCGACAUGUUCUUUCCCAUCCAGAAGGCAGCUGACGCUGCGGAGAAGGCGAAGCGCACGUCGCUGAACUCCUUCGAAGCAUCUUCCGAGGAGCCGGCACGGCCAAAGGUCCCUCGCAGGUUUGGUGCGACCAUGGCUGUCGUCACGACAAGUGUCGGCGUUCCUGCAACAGGCCGCGGGUACUUCGCACAGGAUGUGGACUUGAAGGCCAGUCGGAUGGAAAUCGUGGCACCCUUCCUGCUCCCGCAAGUAACCACCAACAUGACAACCUUGAGCGUUGGAAACGACACCUGGAUUGAGACGGGGGGCAGCCAGCAUAGCCAGGCGAUGUGUCGUUCCAUACCCAUGUUUGGGCCACAAGGCUUCCAUGACAUGUUUUCCUGGGCGUCAGAUCCAGCCGUCUCCGAGUAUGUCGGUCAGAGGACGGUGGCCGGACGCAGCUGCACGCAGUGGCGAUUGCGGGCUUCAAGUUCUAUCAUCAACGAGACUUUGUGUGCAGAUGGAGACAUCCCGGUUGAGCUGAACAUCUCCAUGAAGAGCAGCGCGGGAGGUGUGAUGAAGGAGUCGCACGCAAGCUAUCAGUUUGAUCCCUUGAGCACUGAAGUUGAUUCGAGCCUCCUGGAGAAGCCUUACAUUUGUGAUCAUGUGGCCCCUCCCUGUGAAAACGGGCGUGGUGUGGGCCCCGUGACUCUGGAUGCCUACGAUUAUAGCAUCGAGGAUCAGAACGUGGCCGACUUGCGUGGUGACGCUCUCUUCAUUUGCUUCGAUCUCUUGUCGAACCAAAGCUCCUUUGCGGACCACAACUACUCGCUGAUCUCCCGCUACUCUCUUCAGCUCUCCCCGGCCUUUGGCCAGUAUUCGGCUUGCAAUGGCUACCCGGACACCAAGCCCAAGGGCCCGGUGUGCAUUGGCGGUGAUACGCGAUUGGCUGGCAAGGAAGCGCCCUUCUUCGGGGGCGAGGGUGAGAGCAGGUGCGCCGACGAGAGCCCCAUGGGCUUCUGGUACAGCUUACCCAAGGCGGGUCACUGUCCCCCCGGGCAGGCGCCUUCGACAACAGCGUCGGAGUCAGGAUGCACAUGGUCCAUCAUCAAGCGUGCAAAGACCAUCCAUCAGACUUGCUUGAUCAAGGACCAUAAUUUCCUAGCAAGCUGCAAAGCAGACUUUGCGCAGAAGGACUUCGCACGAAGUUCGGCUGCCUUGUCAGCUGCUUUCGAGUCGGAGGACUUCUCCAAGGGUGGUUGUCCUGACAUUGGCGGACCUGACAGUCAAGAAGACGUGGCGUCUUUUGUGGUGUAG